AUGGCGAACAAGGCCAGCUCGGGGGCGCGGAGCCCGCUGAGCCUGGUGGUGGCCAUGGCGCUGUGCUGCUUCUUCUACGUGCUCGGCGCGUGGCAGCGCAGCGGCUACGGCAAGGGCGACCGCAUCGCCGCCGCGGUGAGCCGGCAGACGGCCUGCAGCGACGGGUCCGCCGCCGCCGAGGGGCUCAGCUUCGAGACGCACCACGGCGGCGCCGCGGGCAUCAACGCGUCGACGUCGCUGCCCUUCGGGGCCGACGCGGCGCCGCCGACGUUCGCGCCGUGCGCGGCGGCGCUGGCGGACCACACGCCUUGCCACGACCAGGACCGCGCCAUGAAGUUCCCGCGAAAGAACAUGGUGUACCGGGAGCGGCACUGCCCCGCCGACGGCGAGCGGCUGCGGUGCCUGGUGCCGGCCCCGCCCGGGUACGUGACGCCGUUCCCGUGGCCCCAGAGCCGCGACUACGUGCCCUUCGCCAACGCGCCGUACAAGAGCCUCACCGUCGAGAAGGCCGUCCAGAACUGGGUCCAGUACGAGGGCUCCGUGUUCCGCUUCCCCGGCGGCGGCACGCAGUUCCCGCAGGGCGCCGACAAGUACAUCGACCAGCUCGGAUCCGUCGUCCCCUUCGCCGGCGGCCACGUCCGCACCGUCCUCGACACCGGAUGCGGCGUGGCGAGCCUGGGCGCGUACCUGGACGCCCGCGGCGUGAUCGCCAUGUCCUUCGCGCCGCGCGACUCGCACGAGGCGCAGGUUCAGUUCGCCCUGGAGCGCGGCGUGCCGGCCUUCAUCGGCGUUCUGGGCUCCGUCAAGCUCCCGUUCCCGCCGCGCUCCUUCGACAUGGCGCACUGCUCCCGGUGCCUCAUCCCCUGGGGCGGCAACGACGGGAUGUACAUGAUGGAGAUCGACCGCGUGCUCCGGCCGGGCGGCUACUGGGUGCUCUCCGGCCCGCCGAUCAACUGGAAGACGAACCACAAGGCCUGGGAGCGCACGGAGGCGGACCUCUCCGCCGAGCAGCAGCGGAUCGAGGAGUACGCCGCCAUGCUCUGCUGGGAGAAGGUCACCGAGAUCCGCGAGAUCGGCAUCUGGCGGAAGCAGCUCGACCCCUCGGCGGCUUGCCCCGCCAGGCCGCCGGUCCGUACAUGCGACGACGCCAACCCCGACGACGUCUGGUACAAGAACAUGGAGACCUGCAUCACGCCACCAGCCACUGCGGGCGCCGGCGAGCUGCAGCCGUUCCCGGCGCGGCUAACUGCCGUGCCACCGCGGAUAUCAGCUGGUGCCGUGCCGGGCUUCAUGGCGGAGUCGUACGAGGAGGAGAACCGGCGGUGGGAGCGGCACGUGGCGGCGUACAAGAAGGUGAACUACAAGCUGAACAGCGAGCGGUACCGGAACAUCAUGGACAUGAACGCCGGCGUGGGUGGGUUCGCGGCGGCGAUCUUCUCGCCCAAGUCGUGGGUCAUGAACGUCGUGCCGACGGCGGCCGAGCUCUCCACCCUCGGCGUGGUGUACGAGAGAGGGCUCAUCGGCAUGUACCACGACUGGUGUGAGGCAUUCUCAACUUACCCAAGAACAUACGACCUCAUACAUGCCAAUGGCAUCUUCACUCUCUACAAGGACAGCUGCAAAAUGGAGGACAUCCUGCUGGAAAUGGACCGGAUUCUGCGCCCAGAGGGUACCGUGAUCAUCCGAGACGAUGUCGAGAUCCUGCUGAAGGUGCAGAGGACAGUGAAGGGGAUGCGGUGGAAGACGCUGCUGGCGAACCAUGAGGACAGCCCAAAUAUACCUGAGAAGGUGCUCUUUGCUGUCAAGCGGUACUGGACCGCCGGUGGCGAGGGCUCAGAGGAGGAGGAGAAGACAGACAGCUCUUCAGUAGCUGGCAAGGAUUCAGAGGAAUAA